AUGGCCGAAACUUGUAUUGUGUGCUUAAACGACCUUGGCGGCGACGCCGUGUCUCCUCCCGUCGCCGCCGAAUCGCCGCCAAGACUUGAUACCAUCGUCAACGACAAUGACAAUGACAAUGCCAGCGCUGCCGAACCCAAUUCAGAUGACACCUCUCGGCAGAUCGGUCGCUUGGUGCCUUGUCUCCAUAUGUUUCACAACGAAUGCCUUAAACCAUGGGUUGAAAGGGCCAACAGCUGCCCGGUCUGCCGGGCCAGUUUCAAUGUAGUCGAACUUCUCGACACUGUUGACGGUCCCGUUGUUUCAACUUAUGCGGUUCAGGAUAAGGCCCAAGUCGCCGACAUAGACCCCUUCAUGAUCUUUGAGGAGGAGGUUACGGACGACUCGGAUUCGCAGCCUUGUCCUUUCUGCGGCGACAACGACAACGAAGAAGUCCUGUUGCUGUGUGAUGGAUGUGACGUUCCGUCCCAUACCUACUGCUUGGGGUUGGAUGCGGUGCCGUCUGGCCCAUGGUACUGUGAAACGUGUGAAACUCAGCGAGCUCUUAACGCUGUGUCUGACACACCGAGUAGACUUCAUCGCAGUCGCCGCCCGGAACGUCGGACUCGCGCACAACAGCGAAUGCUUCGCAACCACAACCAGGCAAAUUCCCUCCAGUGGGCUGCAGUGUGGCAAUCUAUCUACGACCGUCUGAAUAUUGAUCUCGAUUUUCCAUUCGACGAGGAACAACAGAUAAACCGGUCUUUAUCACACAUUCGUGCCAGAGCAUCUCCUCGUCAAGGCUCUCAUCGUGCAUGGCAGCGUCGUCUGGAGGUAGCGGAACGGCAAGGUGUUGGUCGCAGUUUUAGAGAACCUAGUGCUAUAAUAGAUGAAUACGUUCCUCGACCUUCCCGGCCUCGCGUGCCACGUGCUCCGACUCCGCAACCCGAGUCUCUGGAAGAAAUGAGGGCCUGGAAUGCCUUUGAACGAGCUAGAGAACUGGAAAAUGAUCCUAGUGCGGCACGCAAACGCAAAGAGCCGACACUUUCGCCAUCUCCCGAACCAACAGAGCCUGAAAGGAAGUUAAAACGGCCUCGUACUAGGCGGAUAGAAGAAUUAGCAGCCAUGGCAACAACGCAGAAUAACAAUGGCGAAGCAUCACGCACCGCUGCUCGAGUCAACGCCGACAGUGCCUCUAGUGGGCCCAGUUUCCUCCAGUCCCUACUCAAAGAAGUUGAAGAUGCUUCUCACUCUCCGCGAAAUGAUAUCAAUGGGUCUUCGAGUUUAGCGGUGAAUACGCCUAGCGAGUUCCACAGCACUUCCGGUCCUUCAUCACCUUCGAUAUCUCCAGCAUCCUCAAACUGGUCUUCCCCCCGCUUGUCCUCUAGUCCCCCACCCCACUCCCGACGUGGUGUUUCGCCAGUGCAGUUGUCUCACAGCAUGGAUUCCCCGUCUUCUCCCUCACCAGAGUUUUCCCCCGCGGUCUCUCCCAUUCAUAGUCGAAGCGAGGAUACAGAGUCUCGUGAUAGACCGAACAUACCACGCCACGAGUCCCACCGACAAAAUCGAUCUAGGAAUGUACGAUCAAGCGAUGUUUCUCCAUCACGCCAGAAUCUGCCGCUUUCUGUAAAGACGGCUGUUCAGAAGUUGGUCGGUUCCGAACUCAAGCCUUUCUAUCACCGUAAAGUUAUCACGAAAGAGGAGUAUACAGAAAUCAACCGGACAAUUUCUCGCAGCCUUUAUGAUCAUGUACACGAAGGCGAUGAACUGCAAGCAAGGCCUCUACGAGAGCUCAAAGAACGCGCCCGCAAGGCAGUCAAAGAGGCAGUAGAUGCGAUUCGAGGUAGUACUUUGCCUAGAGACGACAACUUAGAAUUAGGAAAUGUGGCGUUGGAAGGAAGUGGUCCUUGA